AUGCCUUUCACGACGAGUUCCGGAAAGAGGCCCGGCAUGGCGGCCAGGGAGGAGAUUUUGGCCCUACAGGCCGAAGUCGCGCAGCGUGAGGAGGAGCUGAGUUCUCUGAAGCAGAGGCUGGCGGCGGCCCUUUCGGCGGGGCAGGAGUCAGCGCGCUCGGUUUCGGUGUCGCCCCUGCCUCCCAGGGCCGCCCUGUCCCGAGAGGAGAUCCGGCGCUACAGCCGGCAGCUCGUGCUGCCGGAGCUCGGCAUGCAGGGGCAGCUGCGCCUGGCGGCCGCGGCCGUACUCAUAGUAGGCUGCGGGGGGCUCGGCUGCCCGCUGGCGCAGUACCUGGCCGCAGCCGGCGUCGGCCGCCUGGGCCUCGUGGACUACGACGUGGUCGAAGCGAGCAACCUGGCCCGCCAGGUGCUGCACGGCGAGGCCCUGGCCGGCCGGGCCAAGGUCUUUUCGGCGGCCGCCGCCCUGCGCCGCCUCAAUUCGGCGGUGGAGUGUGUGCCCUACGCCCAGGCGCUGACGCCGGCCACGGCGCUGGACCUCGUCCGCCGCUACGACGUGGUGGCGGACUGCUCCGACAACGCGCCCACCCGCUACCUGGUGAGCGACGCCUGUGUGCUCGCCGGCCGGCCCCUGGUGUCCGCCAGCGCGCUGCGUUUCGAGGGCCAGCUCACGGUCUACCACUACGGCGGGGGGCCUUGCUAUCGCUGCGUGUUCCCCCGGCCACCCCCGGCGGAGACGGUGACCAGCUGCGCGGAUGGCGGGGUGCUCGGCGCGGUUACCGGGGUCCUGGGCUGCCUGCAGGCGCUGGAAGUGCUGAAGACAGCUGCGGGCCUGGGCCCCUCUUACAGCGGCCGCCUGUUGCUCUUUGACGCCCUCCGCGGCGAUUUCCGUUGUAUCCGGCUGCGGAGGCGCAGGCCCGACUGUGCCGCCUGCGGGGAGCGGCCCACCGUGACCGACCUGCAGGACUACGAAAGCUUCUGCGGUUCGUCGGCCACGGAUAAGUGCCGCUCCCUCCGGUUGCUGAGCCCGGAGGAGCGGAUUUCGGUUAUGGACUAUAAGCGACUUCUGGAUUCUGGGUCACCCCACCUGUUGCUGGACGUCAGGCCUCAAGUGGAGGUGGACAUCUGUCGUCUGCCUCACGCCCUGCACAUCCCUUUGAAACGUUUGGAGCGGAAGGAUGCGGAGAGCCUGAAAGUCUUGGAAGAAGCCAUCCGGGAAGGGAAGCAGGGCGCACAGGAAGGGGCGUCUGUCCCCAUCUAUGUGAUAUGCAAACUGGGCAACGACUCCCAGAAAGCCGUGAAGAUCUUGCAGUCCUGGGCAGACGUGGACUCAGUUAAGGAUGUUGUGGGGGGCCUCAUGGCCUGGGCUGCCAAAAUCGAUGGAACGUUUCCGCAGUACUGAGGUGGCCAGUGGAGUCUGACCAGGGAAGGUGUAGGUUGCCAUGUUACCUAAAGUUUUUUGGCCUUUAUUUAUUUACAUUUUUUCCCUAGUAAUGUAUAGAGGACCUUGGGAUUCUGCAGUACCUGUGAUUAGGUGGACUCCUUUUUAUGAGUCUUUUAAAUUGUAAUGUAUCGAAUAAUGUCGUUAUUAAGGGGUUAUAACAACGUUCCUGUCACCUGUGUUAUGUGUGCAGCAAGUGGUGUGUUUUAAAUUCGGGUCAUUCGCCAGUCCUGCGCCCCUCCCCCCGCCAAAAUAAAAAGCUUUUCAGGAUGUGAGGGCGAUCUGGUUGUAACACCUGUCGCCCCUUUGAUCGCCAGGGUUGAUGCGACUGACCUGGCUAGCUAGGCGGCUGUUUCCUUCCUCCUUCACUGCUCCCGAAGCUGUGCCCUCAGUGAAAUCGGACAGUCAUCCCUGGUGGAGGAGGAUGGGUCUUCAAUAAAGGGCCUAGGAGUAGCUGUGCUUUCCCCAUAGAACCUCCAAGGAAGCUCCCAAGUUUACUCUCUUUAAAUUGUACAUUUUAAUGUUUGGAAAGGUGUAGUAAACUUAAUUGAUUACAGAUGAAGUAGUUAAGCUCAGUUUAUUGUUUACUAAGACAUUUUUGGGGGUGUUAUUUCUGCUUCAGAUGUUCUGGAGCAGUGGCCCCCAACCAUUUUGGCCCCAGGGACUGAUUUCAUGGAAGACGUGUUUUGGGGGGCAGAUAAUUUCGGUUUCCAUCACCCAUCUCUCCACUUUGUAGUCCCAACAAGCCACCAACCAGGACUGGGGUUCUGGGACCCCUUUUAUAUAGAUAUCAAUAUUUAAAAUUAUUUAAACAUUAAAAUCAAAAUUACCUGGGAUGUGGUCACUUUGUUAAGUGUUUCAAAUUAAUAGCCAAGUAAGACACCGUCUAGCAAGAUAGAAACCAUCUUUAUAGUUUGUCAGUUUCUUUUAUAAAUCACUUGAUUUUUUUUUCUAGAUUUAGUUUCAGGUUCUACCUUCUGUUGUGCAAAUAGAAAUUUCUAAACUGUUGUGUGGCUUGCUUUGAAAUCUUCAGGUCCAAGUCCCAACUUUCUGCUCUCCCCUGUCCUUUUUUCCAUGUUCAAUCUGUUAUUUUUAUUUUUGGCUUUACUGUGUGGCCAGGAUGCCAAAUACAAUAUUGAAUUAAAGUGAAAUAAUAAACAUUUCUUCUCUCCUUCGAAA